AGUCUAUGUAAAAUUGUAUUAUUUAUAUAUAGCCAAAUCUCAAGAACAUAUCAUGCUUCCAGAUUCCUGAAUAUGAUUAUGGAACAGCAAGCUUUCCUCUUCCUCUUCCUCUUCCUCUUCUCCUCCCUUCUGCUCAAAAUCCUGCUAAAAGCUAAUAAAUCAAAAGGAAAGAACCUCCUUCCAUCUCCAUGGCGCCUCCCCAUCCUCGGCAAUCUUCACCUUCUCAAUCCCAACAAACUUCACCACUCCCUCCUCAGUCUCUCAAACAAGCACGGCCCUCUCAUACUCCUCCACCUCGGCUCCAUCCCCACCAUCGUCAUCUCCUCCCAUGACAUAGCCGAGGAGAUCUUCACCAAACAUGAUAUCGCUUUCUCCGGCCGCCCUCUCCUUACAGGGCCUCAAAAGCUCUUCUACAACUGUUCCAGCAUCACCUUCUCUACAUAUGGUGAACACUGGCGUCAAGCUCGCAAGAUCGUCAUGCUCGAGCUUCUUAGCACGCGCCGCGUUCGAUCUUUCGAAACGAUUAGAGUGGAGGAAAUCAAGAAGUUUAUAGCUGCUAUCAAUGAUCUCUCGAUCGCUAACUUGAGCGAGCUCACGCUUUCACUUGCAAACAAUAUUUUGUGCCGAGUGGCGCUUGGAGAUAAAUUUGCAGAGGGAGGAUAUGGAGGAGAAGGGGGAGUAUGGCUUCAUCAGUUGCUUAAGGAGUCACAGAGAUUUCUUGGCGGAUUUUUUGUGGCGGAUUUCUUUCCAGCUUUGAAAUGGGUUGAUAGAUUAGUAGGCUUUCAAGGAAGGAUAGAGAAGAACUUCGAGAAGGUGGACAAGUUUUUUGAUAGAGUUAUAUCAGAGCAUAUUAAGAAAGAGAAAGAAGAAGAAGAUGAGAGAAGUAAUAAUAUUAAUGGUUGUGGUGAGGAGGAGGAUAUGGUGGAUAUUUUGUUGAGGUUGCAUGAGGUUGCAGUUGUUCAUGGAGGUUUUCUGAGCAGCAUGGAUCAUGUGAAGGCCAUCUUAUGGGAAUCAUUUUUAGCCGCAACAGAUACAUCAUCUGCAACAAUAACAUGGACGAUGACCCAGUUGAUGAAGAACCCUAGAGUUAUGAAAAAGUUGCAGGAAGAAUUGAAGCAAGCUACUAAUGGUGAUACACUGAGACUCAUUCAAGAAUGUGAACUCGAAAAGCUUCCAUAUCUCAAACAGGUCAUAAAGGAAUCCAUGAGAAUAAAACCUCCUGUUCCUCUUCUGCUUCCACAUGAAACCAUUCAGUCAUGCCAAAUCCAAGGGUAUGAUAUCCCUGCCAAAACACGUGUUAUCUUCAAUAUCUUGGCUAUUUCCAUUGAUCCAAAUGUUUGGGAGAAGCCACUUGAGUUCUUGCCUGAAAGGUUUGAAGGAAGCAAAGUGGAUUUCAAGGGACAAGAUUUUGAGUUUUUGCCCUUUGGAUCUGGAAGGAGAAAGUGCCCUGGGAUUAACUUUGCGAUGGUGAUAGUUGAACUUGCGUUGGCUAAUCUCCUCCACUGUUUUGAUUGGUCAGUGCCUGAUGGAAUGAAGAUUGAAGAUAUCAACAUGGAUGAGAACAUUGGACUCACAACACAUAAAAAAGAGGCACUUUGCCUAGUUGCUAAAUCGAAGUGGUGAGGAAGAAGAAAACCCAAUCAUUUGAUAUGUAUGGAAGAUGAUGCUUUUUUUUUUUUAAAUAAAGCAAUGAUCUUAUAUUGAUUUUAGAGGGCAAUAUCUAGUGUAACUAUAAUUGAUAUAAGCUCCAUAUAUUAUGAAUACAUUCAUGUACAAGUCUUAGAAUCAUUGAGCCUAUAAGACAGUUCUAAAAGUGGAGUUUUUCUAA